UAAGAUGUUUACUCACUACCCUCAUCAUCAUGAGGUAGCUUGACUGUCAAGAUGGAUGAUACAGUAUUGGUCUCAACACUUGGAAUGUUCAUCAUCGAUACAUUUCGAUUCGAAGAUGAACAGACCGGUGCAAGCUUAGGCGAUCGAGGAUUAGGAGAACAGAUAGGUGGAGGUGGAACAUACUUUGCUGUUGGCGCUCGAAUGUGUUUAUCCCCAGACAAAGUGAUGAUGACAGUAGACCGAGGAUCUGACUUUACAAGCGAAAUUCAAGAAAAGCUGGACAUUUACUCAAAACCUGAUCAACCUCACUCUCUUUGGCGAUUCAGACAACGCAAAGAUGGAACGACAAAAGCAGUCAAUAUCUAUCGUGGUGAAGAAAGGGGCUUUGCUUAUCUUUCUCCAAAGAUUCGAUUGGACCCUGUCGAUCUCCUAGAUGAUUUGCAUACAAAGCUGCCGCCAUUCAUUCACUGCAUUUGCUCUCCUGAGCGAGCGUCUGAAAUGAUCAAGCAGAUUAAAGGAAUGCCUGACAAAUGGCCUGCUGGACGUCAACCAAACCUUAUAUGGGAGCCAAUACCUGACAGUGCAAUAGAGGAAAAUCUACCCAAAGCAUUGAAGGUAUCAAAGUCAGUCUCGGUACUCAGUCCGAAUCACGAAGAAGCAGCAUCGCUGCUUGGCGUCAAGCUAUCAAAAGAGGUCAGCAUGUCCAGUAUUGAAGAUCUGGCAACCCAAUUAUACCAUCGGAUACGCGAUGAUCAAGAUUCAGAUGGCAGCGUCCCGAUCAUAUGUAUUCGAGCGGGAGCAUUGGGUUCUCUGGUAUGUUUACAGAAUGCCGAUCUUCAUUGGAUCCCUGCUUUUCAUACGAAUGAUCAAGUUGACAAGAUUGUCGAUGUGACAGGAGCAGGAAAUGCUUAUCUUGGAGGUUUCACAGUAGGAUUGGCAUUGACAGGACCUGAAAAGACGGACUGGAGCACGGAACAUAUAAUCAGGGCGGCCAGAAUGGGAUCUGUUUCAGCAGCUCUAACGAUCGAGCAGACUGGCUUGCCCAACAUUACAGUAUGUAACGAUGGUAAGGGCGAGCUAUGGAACGGCGAUACAAUUGCCAAUAGACUGAGACAGCUCGAAGAACGAGUUGAUGAAUAGAUUUCCCCUCUAAAUAGAAUUUGUACAUUUUGUGUAAUAUUAUUUAACCUUCGUGAUGUGUAGCUGUGGUUACAUCUUCAACGGGUGGAGCUCCUGUCUGACGCAAGACGUCAAUCACACCACCAGGAUGUGUUUGUAGAUAUUCUAAUUCCCUUAGUGAUUUGACCAACAGAUGUCCGGCAUACCCCAAAGAAUUGAUACUUAAAGAUCCUACCAGGUCCACACCAUCCUCCUUGUGUUCCUUCCCUUC